AUGUCGCCAUUGGAUAUCGUGUUGCUCCUGUUCAGUUUCCAUUUCCUCCAAGUGAUUGCCAGUGACUUUUCCGGCAUGACUUCCGAGUUCAAGCAGUGUGUUCGUGGCUCUCAGAAACCCAAGUUCAGUGAAUGUCUGGGAAGAUCCGCUCUGAAUUUCAUCCAGAGAUUAGAUGAAAGCGAAAACAUAAGAUUCGUGGAUGAUUUUGUUACCGUGAAAAGUGAAUCUCCUGCAGUUAGAUCGCUGGCAAAUGUCCUCGACACAGAUCCAGUGGAUUUUCGUGGCAUUCUGGAGAACGCUGGCGCCGUGAUGGGUCAACGAAGUCUGGAGUGGCAUAUGGAUGGUCUCUAUCCUGGGCUUAUGUUUAAAAUUGGGCCCACAGCGGAUGCGAAUAGUGUAGCUGAGUUCGUCCUUGAUAAUGGUGUUCAGGGAGAGCGACAAUUUGGAUAUGAGGAUCCCGCAACAGGUCGUCUUUUGGCCAAGCAGUAUCUACUCCCGUUUCUGCUGGGUCUGAAGUUCAAUCUGGUGGCUUUGGUACCCCUGCUUUUUGCCGGUAUUUGUCUACUCCUCAAAAAGUCAUUAUUUUUGGUGAAGUUGGCGAUAUAUGUGAGCAGCUUUUUGGGGCUGGGUGGAAUUGUGGGCGGAUUAGGAGGCUUAGGUGGCCUUGGUAGCUUAGGUGGUGGUUUUGGAGGCGCUAAUUUCGGCAGCUUUGGCGGCUCGAACUUUGGUUUCGGCGGCUUUCAAGGGCACCGACCACUAGGCCAUUUUCCUGGAAAAACUACGGUAUUUGGCCAGGGCCAAGAUGAGUUCCACCACCAGUACGAUGUACACGAGUCAUCUCCAUAUCGUCGCGCUGAGCGAAAAGUAAGAUUCGAACAGCCCCGAGCGGCGGAAACGCCGGUGCAGACACCACCAGCCAAAGCUAAACCAAUUACCCAAGACCGCUUCUACGACUUUGAAAACCAACGCAGGCCAAGUAACAAACUAUUGGCAGCCAGUGUGGAGCAGGAGGAGGGUGAACUGCUGAGGAGAAACUUUCAGGAUCCCCAUGGAAUGACGGGAUGGCAGGCUGUGGACGUGAGAUCGCUGUAG